AAAUAUCCUGUAAAUCCUGCUAAAAUACCUUGAAAUCCUGCUGAAACCUUUGCCGGAGCUGCUUCAAGUCCCUCGUAAAUCUGGUAGCUUACCUCGAUUGCAGCUUCCUUCUCGCUGAUAAAACUGAGGUGGAGUCCGUCCAUUUUUUUUCUUCACACACUAGAGCCUUUUCCCUCACCCUUCAAUCCCGAUCACUAGCUACCAAUCCCGUCCAACUCAACUCAAUCGGCCUUCCCGUCGUCAUCUUCUCUUGCCGAAACCCUCUACCGAAAUCUUGAAUUCACCUCACGACCUUGUCUGUUUUGCAAGACGUUCCAUCUCCACAGCACACAACUACACCGAGAAACCUUCUUCGCUUAUGAUCUCUUCUUCUCGAACACUCAGACAACUUCGUAACUCAUUGCCAUGUUCUAUCCAAAAGCAUCUACCUGCCUCUUCAUCUCACACAACCGAUCCCGACUAUAGUCCCAUACCACUUACCCCGUUCUUCCCAUAGCACUCCAGUCGUUCAAAUGAAACUCAGCUCCUGCACUCUACCUCCCCACGUUGACUUCUGAACCCGCUUCAGCUUCCGAGCUUGUCGAACCACAACUGCAAACCUCCAUACACCUUCCCUUUGAUCCCACUGCAGUCCAAUUCACACAAUAUUGGGGUCUUUUGAGGAAUAAAUCAUUAGUGUAUCCAGAUGCUAAAAUUGAUGAUUACCGGUACGGAUGUUCUGACAAAAUUCUGAAACUGGGUGACGAAAUUGCUCUGUCUGACUCUCUCUCUCUCUCAUUCGACUCUCACCCAAAAAGUGAACUCCCUCGCCGAAAACCUUAGGUCGCUGAUGGAUUCUCAGAUCCUGGUGGCCCUGGCCCUUUCAUUCGUUGGCGGCUUCAGUACAUCGGCAGGUGCUCUACUUGUGAUUCUAAAUCCUACCCCAAACCUUAAGAUGCUCGGGCUUCUGCAGGGUUUUGCUGCUGGUCUUAUGCUGAGCAUAUCCUUCUUUGAUUUGGCACAUAAUGCUCUAAAUUCAAUAGGCUUUUUGAGGGGAAAUCUUUGGUUCUUUGCUGGAGUUCUGUUUUUUGCUUUUAUUGUCAACUUCAUUCCUGAACCAACAGCUACUGCAGAGGCAAAUAAUAUACAGAAGGAUGAUGAUGGGUCAGGCAAAGAUAUGAUGAAGAAACAUCGGCGGGAUGUACUAUUUAGUGGAAUCAUAACUGCAGUUGGGAUUAGUUUGCAUAAUUUUCCUGAGGGAAUGGCAGUUUUCCUGGGAUCACUAAAGGGACUUCGUGUUGGCCUUAAUUUGGCUCUGGCAAUUGCUUUGCACAACAUUCCUGAGGGUGUUGCCGUUGCUCUUCCAGUGUAUUUUGCUACUCAAAGCAAAUGGAAGGCAUUUAAAUUGGCAUCUCUUUCUGGCUUUGCCGAACCUCUUGGCGUGGUUAUUGUAGCCUACCUCUUCCCUAGCAGUCUAGAUCCUGAAAUUCUUGACGGUCUGCUUGGAUCAGUUGGAGGAGUGAUGGCUUUCCUGACCUUGCAUGAAAUGCUACCUCUUGCAUUCGACUAUGCUGGUCAGAAACAAGCAGUUAAAGCUGUCUUCUUUGGCAUGGCCUUCAUGUCUGCAAGGUUUGUUACAAAUGAAGAGAAUUUUUAGUUAUCUUACAAAAUCAAUAAGUACCAUGAGCUUCUCUUGUUUCUAUAUCAUGAACUAUAAAUUGCAUCUGCCAUGAAAAUGUUGAAUAAGUUUGUGUGCUAGUCGAUUGCCCUAUCUAAAAGCUAAUCUUAUGCACUAUCAGGAGUAUAAUAGUUGUCACAUCUCUGAUGAUGUAUGUGGACGACUAGGUCAUUGACUUGCAUUUGUUUUCUAAUAUUGAGUGAAUUCCUUGAGCGUCGUUUAAAAGUCAAGCAAGUUCCUUACUAUUCCUCUGAAUGGAUUAGUUUUUGAUUUGCGCUUGAUGAUGUAGGGUGAGUUCCUUGAGUGCAUGUAGUGACAGAGCAAGUUCCUCCUUUAUUUUGUUUUCAUUACUAAUUCAUUUUUAAUGAAAUUUUCAACAUUUGAAGAAAUAGAAAGGAACAUAAAAGAAAAUUUUCUUAUUUAUUGCUAAGGCAGAGGGUAUAGUUCAAGUACAAUUACCUCCUUAAGGAUAUAAUGACUUUACGUUGUUGGCGCUUCAGGUCCUUGGAAGUUCCUUGCUUGAGUGUGUUUUUAGUUGAUAUGCAUCAGAGCCAACUUGCUUUGUAAUUAUAUAGGAUCAUUCCCAUUGUUGCGUUUAUCUUAGCACCGAGUUACCAGGGUAAAAGAUAUUCUCCUUGACAUUUGCAUUUUAGCACUUGGACAUCUUUUUUUUCACCUUCUUUAGGUUUAGAGUAGUUCUUCUAGUUUGUCGAUUGUACCCUUUAUGCCUUUCUUAUUCCUUUCUUCAUACUCGGCCAUUCUUCUCUUCACCUCCUCCUACUUAAAGUGCUACUUGGGCUUUGUGUUCUUUUAGAUGGUCGACUAUGGUCUCCAUUCAUUUCUUAAUCUUUUCUUCCGACUUGGUGAGCUCCUCUUCCUACAGUUGUCUAUGGUAACCACUUGCUAGCUCUGUAACUCGUACUCAACUGAAACCCUUAGCCUCGUGGGAGAAAGCAAAUGGUGCUUGGGCAAUUGCUGAGGAAGGUGUGCUCCUUAGUCCCUGAAGAAUUGAAGGUUGUCUCUGCUAGUUGCCUUUUGCUACUUUAACUUUCUUCCUCAAUUUGUUCAAGAUCUACUGAUUUGUUGUCUUAACUUGUCCAUUGGUUUGGUAUGAGAAGCAAAGGAAAAUUUGAGGCAAAUACUUUGUGACUAACAUAAAUUUUAGAUUCUCAUAUUGGUGAACUAUGGCUCAUGUUUUAUGAUGAUGAUGUGUGGAAGUCCAUUCCUUCAUAUGAUGUCUGAUAACAAAAAUUAUAGACGAUCAUGAAAAUUGUUUUAUUCUUCUCAUUCACCUCUAUCCACUUACAGACAUAGUCGACUGUGACUAUGGUAAACUUUCCUCGAACAUUGGAGGCUUGAAAUGGACAUAUGAGAUCCAUUGCCUAUAUGGUGAACAACCAUGAAUUGGCGUUGGUUGGAGCUUGUGGGAAGGCUACAUCUGCAUGGGAGCCAAUUUCUAAUAUUAAAUGCAUCUUUUUGUGAACUCCUUUGAGUCCUUUUGAAGGUUUGGCCAAAAAUAUAUUUAUUGUAGGAUUAUAUGGGCAAGUGUUAAGUGGCUCCCAUACUUGUUAGUCUACAUCCUCAGGCACAUUUCUCAAUUUCAAUCUCCUUCGUGCAUCUCAAGUUCAAAAAAUACCUACCUUUUAAACAACUUGUUGAUGAUCAAGAUAUAUUUCACGGCUUUGAUUUUGAAUCUCCUUGGGUUUGUGGCCUCGACGAUGAUCUUUCUUGUUUUCAACUAUUUAAUGUAAGCUUCCACCCAACUCGCCUAAUAUUUAGCUUUCACUUGCUUCAACUCCCAUCAUCGAUGUUGGGCCUAGCUUUCGUGACAUUCCUUUUUGACAUUAAAUUUGUGGUAGGUGACUUCACUGCCAAUUUCCAGCAUCUCAGUUCAUGUCCAAGUAAAGAUGUUGAGGUUGCCUGAGUGCUAGACAAAGUUCAUCACGGUUUGAUGGGCUGAAAGAAUGGUUCUAUAUGAAUCACCUUUUAUCGUCAGAAUCUUCUCCACUUCCUCGUUGGUCUUUAAUCUGGUUUCCCUCUACUUGGAGUUGUAGCAUGUCUUCCGUUUAUUUGGCUUGGCAGGCUUGUGACUGUGUGAGCUUGCCUCGCCCUAUAAUUACUUUUCCUCUCAGGAAUUCAACCAUCAUGUUAUAUGCUGAGAUGAUCGAAGGUAUUUAGGAAUAGUCACCUGAA